AUGGUAGCUGGUCCAAUUAUCCUUGCUUAUUUUACUGCUUGGUCAAUUUAUCAACGUUCGUAUUUUGUCAGUGAUAUUCCAGGAGAUAAAAUUACACAUAUAAAUUAUGCAUUUGCAAAUAUUGGUUCAGAUGGACGUAUUACUCUUGGUGACUCAUGGGCAGAUAUAGAGAAGACAUUUGCUGGUGACACAUGGGAUCAACCAUUGCGUGGUAAUUUUAAUCAAUUAAUUAAAUUGAAAGAAAAAUAUCCACAUUUACGUACACUUAUUUCUGUUGGUGGUUGGACAUGGUCAGGUAAAUUUUCGGAUGUGGCUCUCACUGAUCAAAGUCGAUCAACAUUUGCUGCUUCAUGUGUAGAAUUCAUUAAGAAAUAUGGUUUUGAUGGUGUUGAUUUAGAUUGGGAAUAUCCUGUUUCUGGUGGUUUGCCAAGCAAUAGUCGUCGUCCAGAAGAUAAACAAAAUUAUGUGCUUUUAUUAAAAGAACUUCGUCGUCAGUUGGAUGCUGUACCCAAUAAGAAAUAUUUGUUAACUGUAGCAACCGGAGCAGGUACUGAACGUAUUGCUGAUAUGAAUUUACCUGGUAUGGCUGCAUAUCUUGAUUGGUUCAAUGUUAUGACUUAUGAUUUUCAUGGUGGUUGGGAAACAAAAACAGGUCACAAUGCUCCAUUAUAUAAAAACAAUGAUGAAACAACAAGUGACACCGCUCCAUCAUUCAUCAAAUCAAAAUAUAAUUGUGAUGCAGCAAUUCAAGCUUAUAUUACAGCUGGAGUAUCUUCAACGAAAAUUCUUAUGGGUUUAGCUUUGUAUGGACGUGGUUGGCAAGGAGUAACAAACACAGCUCUUAACGGAUUUUCACAAACAGCAUCAAGUCAACUUCCGACUGGUACUUGGGAAAAUGGUAUUUAUGAUUAUGAUCAUUUGAAAAAAUCUUUUAUUUCAUCCAAUAAACGUUAUUGGGAUGAUCAAUCAAAAGUACCAUUUCUUUUCAAUCCAUCAACUGGUCUAUGGAUUAGUUAUGAUGAUGUUGAAUCAAUUAAUUUGAAAAAUAAUUAUAUUAAACAAAACAAAUUAGGUGGUGCCUUUUUCUGGGAAUUAAGUAGCGAUCGUCAGACAGAAUUGAUUGGUGCAACAUUCAAUGUAUUAAAUAAUGGUGUUAAACCACCAGUAGUAACUAGUUCAUCAUCGACUAAACCUUCUAUUACUAUAAAGGUUACGACGACAACAACAACUCAAUCAACCAAUCCAGGCAAUGCUUCUGAAUGGAAACCUCAUCAUUCAUAUUUGGUUAAUGAUCAAGUCAAAUGCAAUGAGUAG